CUCGAUCUAGCGGCGCCCCAAAGUCCACUCCAGCCACUCACAGCCUUGCGUACCUUUGUCUCGCUGGUGCCCGUGCGGAGGCAACCAUCGACGGUACUUGUAUCCCACUCCGAAUCAUAACCUGCCACUUCUCAGGAUAGCUCACUGAGCACACGACCACGACCACGGCCACGGCCACGAACCUCUCCUCUCCCUCUCCCACUGUACGUUGUCAUCCUGACAGAUGCUCCGCUGACCAUGCGCCAUCCACUGUCCCUUCUCCCCGCCUUUCUCCUGCUUUUCGUUGCCGUCUCCAUCGAAGCAUUUGUCGUUCCAUGGAGCAGAAGCGACAGCGCACAGUUCUCCGCUCCUCAACGUCAUGACUCUGCAGGACAGCAACGGCCAUACCAGUCUCGCAACGUACUCCCAAAUUUGACAUGGCUACGAGACUUCGCCAUCGAGAAAGUUUUUCGGGUGCCGAAACCGGUCAAGGCUGGCCCAGUCAGACCAGGCUCUUUCCCACACCCAUCGAGCUCCGAAUUACCCAACACCUUGUUGGCGAAAUAUGGAGGGGACGUUGUUCUUCGAUUCAAUUUGAGCACUCCCGCUGAGGAGAAGGCCUUGGCCGAGGCGGCAGAUACCCUCUUCUUGGAUGUGUGGGAGUUCACCCAAAAUUGGGCAGAUAUUCGUCUUCGAGAAGAUGAUGUCCCCUCACUUCUCGGGUUACUGCCGAAAUCCUUACAGAAGGCAUAUUCAAAUUUGAUGCCGGACCUGGCUAAGACGAUUUACCAGUCGUACCCGUCAAUUGCCUUUGCGGACCCGUCCCUGUCCCCGAAUCGUGCAGACCGGUCUUUUACACCAGCUUUAAGGACGUCGGAUGGAGUGGAGAAUAUCUUUUUCCGCGACUACCAACCGUUGUCGGUAAUUGUGCCAUGGAUGAAGCUUAUGGCCUCAAUGUUCACAACCCAUGUGCGGAUGAUCAACAUAGGGACGACCUACGAAGGUCGAGACAUCCCAGCGCUUCGAGUAGGAGUGUCCCCGAAUCUCCCGCAAGAAGAUGAAGAACCCCGGAAGACUAUUAUCAUAUCCGGAGGCUUCCAUGCCCGCGAAUGGAUAUCAGUGAGCACCGUGACAUAUAUUGCAUGGUCUCUUAUUACCUCGUAUGGAAAGUCGCCAGGAAUUACCAAGCUUCUUCAGGAAUUCGAUUUCGUGUUGAUCCCGACCGCGAACCCGGAUGGAUAUGUAUAUACAUGGGAAAAUGAUCGAUUAUGGAGGAAGAAUCGCCAGCAAACCAGCUUGAGAUUUUGCAGAGGACUUGACCUUGACCGUGGAUUUGGGUUUGAAUGGGAUGGGACCUCCUAUCAAAGCAAUCCAUGCUCAGAGAGCUAUCCAGGUGACGAACCGUUCCAGGCCGUGGAGUCCCAUCGAUUGGCCGAAUGGGCAAAGAACGAAACCGACAGCAACGGUGUGAACUUCGUGGGUUUCUUGGAUCUGCACUCAUACUCACAACAGGUCCUAUACCCAUAUUCCUAUUCAUGCAGCGCCGAUCCACCAAGCCUGGAGAAUCUCGAAGAAUUAGGCAUGGGCCUGGCAAAGGCGAUCCGGAUAUCCAGCGGCCAGCAAUAUGGUGUAGCCUCAGCAUGCGAGGGCGCUGUGUCCUCUAAUCUCACCCCCGCGGGAGGCUUCUCGAGGAUGGAAACCGGAGGCGGCUCAGCAAUCGACUGGUUCUACCACGAGAUGCGCGUCCGCUACAGUUACCAAGUCAAGCUCCGCGACACUGGAGCCUACGGCUUCUUACUGCCGAAAGAAAACAUCGUGCCUACAGGAGAAGAGGCCUUCAAUGCCGUAAAGUACUUUGGCGAUUUCCUCCUGGGGAAUAAAGGCAUCGAGUCAAAUCUCGUCGAGGAGAUGCACCGCGGCGUUGUGAGCCAUUCAAAGGUGCAGACAGGAGAAGAAGAGCAGCUUGUUGAAGAUGAAGAGGUUGAAGACUAUGUGGCAGAAAUCAAUUGGGAAUUGAGACGGAGGAGGAGAUGAUACUAAGGUGUCUCAUUCAUUGAAUGACUCGAGUUCCGGCGUUUAUAGGGGCACUGGGUUAAUUGCUCUACGAAGCACGGUGUCAUAUUAUCUGGGGCGCAAGGGCGGCAAUUUGAUAAUUCUAGGCAGGAAAACAGGCAAAGAUAAAUGCGGUACACGCCGUAAAGAUUAUGUACGGCGCAAUGUAGUUGUGCUCCAUUGAAUACAUUUUCAUCAUUGAAUUUUGGC